AUGGAGCCUGGAGCUGCAUCGAGGAGGACGAGCAGGUUUUCUUCAUAUGAGAGGUUGGUGGCCAUCGGGUUGGCCCUUCUAGCUGUGCUUUCUCCUCUUUAUAUCGACCGGACAACGGUAGAUGAUUCAGAACUUGAUUUGGAGCAGCCUAUUAACUUUGCUUCUUGGCUGCCUCUGCUGCUCUUGGUGUUGAUCUUGGCCCUCACUUUGUCGCUUUACUUGGACCGAAGCUUUACCAGGUUUGAUCCUAACUGGAUUCACAGAGUUGGCGGUUCUUCUAGUGGCAUCACGAUAAUUCUCAUGGUUCUUGCGUUGGUGUUGAAGUUUAAAGCUUCUAUUAGGAACUGGGAGGCUUAG